UUCAGGAUCAGAACUGAUAACGUGUCGUAGUCACGUGUUCCGGGCAGCUGACUGUGACGUCACAAAGCAAGAUGGCGAGCUGGGACAGAGAUCAUGACUCAGUGGAUGACAUGCUGGAUGCUAAAAACAAACGUUUGGCUGAGAACCUGGCCACCAAAGUCUCCAGACUGAAAUCUCUGGCGUAUGACAUCGACAGAGAGGUUGAUGAUCAGAACGACUACCUGGACGGCAUGGACUCAAAUAUGAUGAGUGCAACAGGGCUGCUGACCGGAAGCGUGAAGCGUUUCUCCACAAUGGUUCGAUCCGGCAGAGACAACCGCCGCCUCCUCUGCUACGUUUCCUUGGGGCUGGUUCUCAUCUUCUUCAUGCUCUACUACCUGGUUUCCAGGAUCCAGCGGUGAUUUCAGAAAAACCUUCUCAGCCAGAGACCUACGGAUGAUGUGAAGCUGAAUCUAUAGAGUAUAGAUCCAAGUUUACAUGCAAGGAAGAGGAGUUUUCUUCGAAUCCCCAAUGGAAGGAACGCCAGACUGAUAAUCAGAGAGGUGUAGAGAACUCCACUGAUGUUGUGGAAACAAAAACCUUACCUUCACUAAAACCCUUCUUGUUCCAACUUGGGGACACCUCACAAGAAAAGAUCAGCUCUGCAGCACAGGGGAAGUCAAAGUUUCUGAGCCAAACAAAAAAUUAUAAAUUGGCAUCACAUGUCAAUGAUGCUGACAGUUACAUACAAGUGACCCCAGACUAUGUCUCCAUUAAAAAUCUACAACAACUGAA